UUGGGCGCUGACAUGUACGUCAACGUUGCUGCCAUAUUGAAUGUGGAAACCCCCAACGCUUUCCUAGCCCGCCUUCUCUUUCAAGAGGGUGGGGCGCCGCCACCUUCCUUUUUGGCUAACCUGGAUCGCUGCUCACGCGCCAUAAUGGCGAAAUAGUCGCACUUCACUGCGCGUACACCGAUUUCACACCAUGAGCCAAGCACCCCGUUCAAACCGGGGCCACAGGGAGAGAAACGGGGAUCAUCGGCAGCCCCGUGGACAACGCGAUGCCGACCGCUCAUCGGCUGACAGGUCGCCUUCCCGACCGCCGUACUACGACCGCCAUCCCAAACCCGCGCGGGACCGGGACGUCGCGCGUGCCCCACGUAACGACUCCAAAUGCACACACAUGUGCUCCAGGAGAGGAGUGGUUCUGAUCUGUUCCGUGCUGACCAACGCCUUGGUCCUGAUCUGCGUGGUGGCCGCUCAGAUGGUGACGUCGGGCUUAUCUUCCAUGGGCGGGCUCGGCGGCUUCGACAUCAACUCCAACUUCAACCUGCAGGGCACGGAGCUGCAGAAGGUGCGCGAACUGGACAUGCAGUACAGUCAGAUGAGAGCGCCGGGCAUCUACGGCGGCGUCGCCUUCAGCCUGACGAUGGGCGUGCUCUCGCUGCUCUUUGUGGUGGCAAGCAACAAGCCCCCGCACCAUUUGUCUCGGAAACUUCUGUACGGGGCGCUGGCGUUUCAGGCGGCGGGAGCCGUGGCCUACGUGGCGGCCGUGGGUCUCUACCUGCACUUUGUGAUGGGGGUCAACGCCACGGAUGUUUGCGCGCAGCGCGAGCGGCUGUACGCGCGCAACGGCUACACCUGGAUGAACUGCGACGUCAGCGGGGCCGAUGCGGCCGUGGCUUUGUUUGGACUCAUCACCGCCAUCCUGUACACCGCCGGCGCCGUGCUCACCGGCCAAACCAUCCGCAGGGUGAAGCAGUACUUGGAGGAUCGUAAACGGCGCGAGCUGGAGCGAGAGCAAGCCAGAGCUCAUCCGCAGAGAGCCCCGCUCAGGGCUGAAACCACCUCGGUGUGACCGACGUCUUUUGGAUUUCGCGACGGACUCCGGUUUCAGUUGAAACAAAGAGUUUGGAACAAAAGUCACCGUCUGACUUCCAACCCUCAUUGGACUUUUCGAAGUAUGUUGUUUUGCAUAAUACUGAAUUUUUAACUUUGUUUUUUUUAAAGUGAUUUUUAUUACUGUACUAUCUGGGAGAUGGACACAAGCUGCCGAAUUAAAAAGGAAAACGGAAUAAAUCACAUUAUGAAGUGAUAAAGUGAAAUUUGGGGAUUUUAAA